UUCUUCCGGUAAUAUAUACCUGAGCUCGUCCCAAACAGCGGGUUAGCUUCUCGCGGUUUGGUGCGGCGAUACGCGACACGAGAAGAGGCGGCGGCGGCAGAGGCGGCGACGAGGGUUUUUACGCUUGCUCUCCCGCGGUGCGCGCAGCCCGCGGCGGCGGGCGACGACGCGGCAGCGCGUCGCUGUUGGAUCGGGAGGGCGAGGGCGCCAUGAGGGCCGGCGGCGGCGGCCGAGGCGGCGGGGGCGGGAGGCAGCAGCAGCCUCGCGCGGCGGCGGCCGCGGCGGGGGAGGGGGCGGAGAUCCCGCCGGCCUCGAGGAAGCUGGUGCAGGGCCUCAAGGGGAUCCUGGCCGACCGCACCGAGGCCGAGAUCUACGCCACGCUCCUGGACUGCGGCAUGGACCCGGACGUCGCCGUCGAGCGCCUCAUCUCGCAAGACCCUUUUCAUGAAGUGAGAAGGAAGCGUAACAACAAAAAGGAGGUCAAAGCUCCUCAGGAAGCAAGGUCUCGGCCAUUCUAUAAAUCUACGUAUCGGGGAUCUAAAGCAGUUUCUGAUCGAAGUGGGAGGUCUUACUCUGGUUUGGGAGCAGACUCAACUGGUAGUGUUAAAGGUACUAGCAAGAAAGAGGCAGGCUUAAUUCCUCCAGAAAACUUGUCAGCUUCUGAUUCUGUCAAGGCGAGCAAUCCUACAGAAACAGUGUCGGCAGCUGGCAAUCUAGCUGAUGCGAAGCCUAGCACUUUCCAGCCUCCAUCACAAGCGCAACAUGGUUGGGGUGGGGUACCAGGACGCCCUUCUAUGGCUGAUAUAGUGAAGAUGGGCAGACCUCAAGCUAAAUCUGGGAGCAGAUCGGCUGGAAUUAGUGCUGGUGUGCCAACUGUUGCUGGUUCAGUCGUUUCCAAUGCAUCAAAUCCUAUCCCCAAGGACUCUCAUAACACAGUUUUGCCAUCAGAAGGGGACCAUGUCACAGCUAAUAAAUUACCAAAUGGCACUGUUCAGGUCCACUCUGUACCUGCGGAUGACUCGUUUGUUGAUAUAUUACCUCCAGGAGAGGGGUCAGAUGUGCCAGAAUCUUUUGGUGCUGUUUCCACAAACGCAAAGCCAGCAGGAUCAAUAAUUCCAGAAGUCAAUGAAGUUGACUUUGGAAAUGACGACAAUUUUGAGGAAACAAAGGAGAUGAGCGCAAGCAAUGCCAGUGGCCUAACAUCUUCAGGACCACUUUCUGUGUCUGAUAAAGAUGUACCCUCGAGCAAUGACUUGAUUGAGAAAAGUGACAACUGUCAGUCUGACAAAGACGCACUUGAGCACCGCCAAGAUUCAAAUGAUAACAUGUCUACCACGUCAUAUCUAUUGGAACAUUUGACUAUACAUGAGGAGAAAAGACCAAAAGCAUCUGAAGAUAACCCAGCUGUAAUAAUCCCUGGGCACCUUCAGGUUUCCAAUGCCGACUUUGCGGAUCUGACAUUUGGUAGCUUUGUGUCUGGAACACUUGAUGUAUCAUGCUCAACAGUACCUGCCAAUAGUGAUGGGGAGGUCACUUCAGUUUCUGAAAACCAUUCUAGUGACCAGUCCGAUGUCAGAAUCCACGAGUAUGAAAAUAAGGAGGCGGUAAUACCUGCAGCUAAUGAGUACAUUGCUCCUGCAACAAAUAGUAACAUGGAGAAUACUAGUAUUAAUUCAGUACAGCAGUCUGAAGUGGGGAGAGCUGGUUUAAUGGGGGUUACAAAUAGCGCUGAAUACAAUUUGUCACCAACAGAUUAUGCCACAUCAAGUACAGUGCAACCAGAUUCUGCCCCGCAGAAUUAUCUUCAGGAAAAUCGUCAAAUGCAAAACAUUUCUCCCCUCUCUAGCUUCAUGCAAGGAAAUAUCCCAAAUGGCCUACUGCCACCAGCAAUGCCACCUUUCCGUGAAUUGGAUCCAGCAUUCUCGCUGCUGCUCACUAACCCUCCAUUGGCUACAAUGAUUCAUGGUACACCACCAUCGUCCAUGAGCAACACAACUGUUUCUACACAGCCACAAGAGAAUGUUAAUCCAGGUGGGUUAUCCAAUACUCAGCUGACCCACUCCCAGGCUAGCACCAGCAUGGCUCCUCUCCCUCACCAUCUCGCCCUUCACCCCUAUGCUCAAGCCACGCUUCCUCUCGGAUACACAAGCAUGAUGGGUUACCCAUCCUUGCCGCAAAGCUAUUAUCUCCCUCCAGCUGCUUUUCAGCAGCCAUACAUGAACAGUGGCCUGUUCCACCAAGCAGCGGCGGCGGCGGCGGCGGCAGCAGCUCCCAACUCCAAUGUGAAAUAUCCUAUGCCACAGUACAAGAGCAAUGUUCCUCUUGCGAGCAUGCCACAGCAAGCCUCAUUGCUCUCAAACUAUGUUGGAGGUUUUGGGACUGCAAACGGCAUGCCUGGAAAUUACGCGCUGAACCAAAGCAGUGUGCCAGCAAACGCAGCUCCUGGGUUUGAUGGAACAAUGCCCUCCCAGUACAAAGAUGGAAAUCACUACAUUUCUCUUCAGCAGAACGAGAACCCUGCAAUGUGGAUGCAUGGAGCUGGUUCGCGAGGAAUGCCGCCUCUUGCUGCCAACACCUUGUACGGCUACCAAGGUCAGCAGGGCCAUCAGGGCGGCCUUCGGCAGGGUCAGCUGCCUUCACAGUUUGGUGCUGCACUUGGGCAGUCGCAGCAAGGCCUGGGCCAGGAACACCGGAAUCCUAGUGAUAGUAAUCUAAGUGCAGCUGGUCAGGCUAACCAAAUGUGGCCAAAUAGCUACUGAUUCGGCCCCAUCUCAACUCUUAUCAUGAAGCAAGCGCCAGAGACGACGCCAUGCAAUGCACCCUAAUAGAUACAGAGUUGCGUUUUGAGAGGCCCGAGAGAUGUAUAUGUGUUCUACCUGUAGCAUUUCUAGGGCCUGUAGCUCAACUUAUUUAUUAUAUCCAGAUAGAAAAAAAAGACAGUUCUGUUUCUUCUUUCUUCGUUGCUGUUUACAAUGAUGAGACAAUAAACCAGUAAUAUCUAACAAAGCGGCACCAGUGAUUUUCCAUGAAGCAAUAGUUGAGCUA